AUGCAUCAAGCUGGCUUGCUCUCCACGAUAAAUCUGAUCCCCCUUGGUCUCGGAGGUCAUAUGAAUAUCGUUGCGGAUUCUUUUGGUUUGAACCCAGAGUCUUUUAACUGCAUGCAUCGCUGGAUUGGCCGCGUAGCUGUUAUCGAAGGCGUCUUUCAUACAAUACUAGGGAUAGCCCUAGGAAAUAUUGUAUGGCAGCACUCGAAACAGAUCGCAGCAGUCAUUGCUGCCUCGUCGAUGGUUUUAAUAAUACUAUCGUCAAUUUCCUUAAUUCGCCGUUGCUUCUACGAGACAUUCUUAAAAAUACAUCAAAUUUUGGCGGCAAUAAUUAUUGCUAGUGUUUGUAUCCACUCUUCUGGUUCUUUAACCACUGCUCCGUUGGUAUACCUUUUAGCAGCUGGUUGUACUUGGAUAUUUGUUCGCAUAGUACAAUUUGCAAAUAGCAUAUAUCGCAGUAAAAUUAUAGGUCAAUCUUUCUCACGGGCUGUCAUCUGGACAAUACCUGGGGCAUUACAAAUUCAUGUCAAGGUUGGUAGGCCAUGGAGAUAUCACGCAGGGCAAUAUGUGUAUCUCUGUAUUCCUGGUGCUACCUACGGCUCCUGGAUGCAGUCACAUCCAUAUUUCGUUUCUUGGUGGUAUAAAGAUCAGCAUGGCAAUGACAUUGUCGUGUUCAUCCUUGAAUGUAAAAAAGGAUUUUCUUUGUCUCUCGCUGCACAUUCAAGCGGCAAUCUGAUACUUAAUGGAAAUCGGAUUGAGGAGCAAUUUGUGAUAGGGUUACGGAGUCUUGUAGAAGGCCCUUACGGAUCUGUAACGCCACUUAGCGAGUAUGGUACAGUCCUCUUGUUUGCAAAUGGUAUUGGUAUUGCGGCUCAACUUCCAUAUAUCAAGCAAUUUCUUCAAGGUUACCAUGAUUGGGACGUGAAAGCAAGGAAGAUAGCGCUAUAUUGGGAAGUGAAAUCCGAAGGGCAUCUAAAGUGGGUCGGAAAUUGGAUGACAGAGCUCCUGCGUGAAGAUACUCAAUACAUAUUAAAAAUCUAUAUAUAUGUAACUGGAGAUUUCACAACUCCUGGUGUUCAGUAUGGAAUGAGUGGGAAAGGUGGAGAGCAUGGUCGGAUUGACUUGGAGUAUAAGAUUCUAGAUAUUGAUAACAUUAUCAAGACUGAGCUCAGUGUGAAGAGAGGUAGAAGUAUGGUUCUAGUGUGCGUGAAACGUUCAAUAGGGAAACAAAUCCGUAAAGCCAUUCGGGCCAUGAUCAAUCGAGAAAGGCAAGAUAUUUAUUUGAAAGAGCUUCCAUUUUAUCCUGUCUAG